CCAGGAGCCGGCCCCUCGUAGCCGCGGGCCCUGCAAUGGGACGUGUUCUCCUUUAAGAGUUAAGAAACUUGAAACCUUGUUUGCGCAACAAUCAGCGCCGCGGAGCCGCCAAAGUGUCUAGACUGGCAUAUGAUGGGAGGCAGCCAAUGACUCCGCGGCGCUCCUCCGGGGGCCCUCAGUGUGCGUUUGAGGAGAACAAAAAAGAGAGAGAGCGCCGAGCGGGGGAGCGAGCGAGGGAGCCGAGCCGAGAGAAAGAGCUGCCCGGCGCUGCCUCGCCAGACUUCGCCGGGACCGCGGGGCCACCGGGAGGCACUUUUUGUGGAGGGGGGAGGGGGGCGACCUCUGCAGCACGGCGCCCCGGGCGUCCGAGCGCAGUGUGGGGAGGGCUGCGACCUCUGCUUCGGUGGAUUGCAUUUUUAAUUAAGGAUUCCCAAGCAGCUCUUUGGGAUUUUUACAGUUUCCACUCAUGUGUUGACACCCGCGUUCGGGAGAAACUCGCUCCAAGUGCAUCUAGCGCCUAGGACCUGAGACGGAGUUGGCGUUUCUUGCAUGCAAUUCCAGGGAUUUUGGUUUUGUUUGGGGUUUCUUUUUCUUCCUUUUUUUUUUUCUUUUCUCUUUUUGCAGGGAAUAAGAAGGAAGCUGAGGGUAUCAACAAGCCUGCCAUUUGGAUCCUGCAGGAAAAGCCCAUGUAGUUAGGAGCUUGGGUUUUACAGGCAGGGCUUUCCAGACACAUUUGGGGGGGGGGGGUUUCGACGCGAGCGCUUUGUGCUCAUGGACCAGCCGCGCAACUUUUGAAGGCUCUCUAGCCCAUGCUGGGACUUUCUGGUGGCGCACUGCCCGCGGUUCCCCUCAAGCGCCGGGGCUGGAGUUGCUGAGCAGCCCGGCCGCCGGGUCCAUGUAGCCGCUGGCCGGGCUCAGACUGGGGCUCGGCGUGCGCGUGUUCCCCUCCGGCCCACCUCCGCGAGCUCCCUCAUGUUGCAGCCCUGUGACGCCCCUUCGACGACAGGCUGUGCGCGGUCUGCACGGCGCCCGGCAGCGGAGCUUCAUGUGGGGCUGCGGCCCGCGCAGCCGGCGCCUCGCUGAGGGAACGGACCCCCGGUAACCGGAGACCGCCUCCCCCCCACCCCCGGCGCCAAAGGAUAUCGUAUGUUCAGGUCCAAACGCUCGGGUCUGGUGCGGCGACUUUGGCGAAGUCGUGUGGUCCCCGACCGGGAGGAAGGCGGCGGCAGCGGUGGCGGCGACGAGGAUGGGAGCUUGGGCAACCCAGCUGAGCCAGCCCCGCGGGCACGAGAAGGCGGAGGCUGCGGCCGCUCGGAAGUCCGCCCGGUAGCCCCGCGGCGGCCCCGGGACGCGGCGGGACAGCGAGGCGCCCAGGGAGCAGGGAGGCGCCGACGCGCAGGGGGCCCCCCGAGGCCCAAGUCGGAGCUGGAGGCCGGCGCUGGAGGUCCCCCGCUGGACGCGGCGGAGCCGGGAGGCCCGGGCUGGUUGCCCGAAAGUGACUGCGAGACGGUGACUUGUUGUCUGUUCUCGGAGCGGGACGUUGCGGGUGCGCCCCGGGACGCCGGCGACCCCCUGGCCGGGGCGGCCCUGGAGCCGGCGGGUGGAGGGCGGAGUCGCGAAGCCCGUUCGCGGCUGCUGCAGCUGGAGCAGGAACUCAAGACGGUCACGUACUCGCUCCUGAAGCGGCUCAAGGAGCGCUCGCUGGACACGCUGCUGGAAGCAGUGGAGUCCCGCGGCGGCGUGCCGGGAGGGUGCGUGUUGGUGCCGCGCGCAGACCUCUGCCUUGGCGGCCAGCCCGCGCCACCGCAGCUGCUGCUCGGCCGCCUCUUCCGCUGGCCUGACCUGCAGCACGCCGUGGAGCUGAAGCCCCUGUGCGGCUGCCACAGCUUCGCCGCUGCCGCCGACGGCCCCACUGUGUGUUGUAACCCCUACCACUUCAGCCGGCUCUGCGGGCCAGAAUCACCGCCACCCCCCUACUCUCGGCUGUCUCCUUGUGAAGAGUACAAGCCACUGGAUCUGUCUGAUUCCACAUUGUCUUACACUGAAACAGAGGCCACCAACUCCCUCAUCACUGCUCCGGGUGAAUUCUCAGACGCCAGCAUGUCUCCGGAUGCAACCAAGCCGAGCCACUGGUGCAGCGUGGCAUACUGGGAGCACCGGACGCGAGUGGGCCGCCUCUACGCGGUGUACGACCAGGCCGUCAGCAUCUUCUACGACCUACCUCAGGGCAGCGGCUUCUGCCUGGGCCAGCUCAACCUGGAGCAGCGCAGCGAGUCGGUGCGGCGGACGCGCAGCAAGAUCGGCUUCGGCAUCCUGCUCAGCAAGGAGCCCGACGGCGUGUGGGCCUACAAUCGUGGCGAGCACCCCAUCUUCGUCAACUCCCCGACGCUGGAUGCGCCCGGCGGCCGCGCCCUCGUCGUGCGCAAGGUGCCACCUGGCUACUCCAUCAAGGUGUUCGACUUUGAGCGCUCUGGCCUGCUCCAGCAGGGGCCGGAGCCCGACGCCGCCGAUGGCCCCUAUGAUCCCAACAGUGUCCGUAUCAGCUUCGCUAAGGGCUGGGGUCCCUGCUACUCCCGGCAGUUCAUCACCUCCUGCCCCUGCUGGCUGGAGAUCCUGCUCAACAACCACAGAUAGCGGCAGCCACCCAGGCGGCAGCCGCCAUCUGCCCCUGCCCCACCCGCCCCCACCCCCAACCCCCCGGCCAGGGUGGCAGUGCCCAGAGACACAGCCCCCACGGACAAACCCCCCAAAUAUCAUCUACCUAGAUUUAAUAUAAAGUUUUAUAUAUUAUAUGGAAAUAUAUAUUAUACUUGUAAUUAUGGAGUCAUUUUUACAAUGUAAUUAUUUAUGUAUGGUGCAAUGUGUGUAUAUGGACAAAACAAGAAAGACGCACUUUGGCUUAUAAUUCUUUCAAUACAGAUAUAUUUUCUUUCUUUUCCUCCCUCUUUCUUUCUUUUUUAAAGAAAAUGAUACAGCAGAGCUAGGUGGAAAAGCCUGGGUUUGGUGUAUGGUUUUUGAAAUAUUAAUGCCCAGACAAAAAGCUAAUACCAGUCACUCGUUGAUAAUAAAGUAUUCGCAUUAUA